AUGAAUUUAUAAACCUAAAGUGAAAUAGAUUUAAAACUAUCUGCAUUAGAUAAAUUGGGAGACAAUCCAGAUGAAGUAGAUAUUAAAUAUGUGAGCUAUAUACUUAAAAUCCCAUUAUAAACAAUUCGUCAAUGGUUAGAAGAAAGAGUUGAAUAGGAUUUUCAAAUUGAUUUAUCAAAUAUUGAAGAUACAGAAUGUUAACUUAUUGGAAGCAAUAUGAAAAACAAAGAAUUAAUAAAUUAAUAAAAUUUAGUCAAGGAUGAAGAUAUUUAGUAAAAAUAAAUAAAUACAUCAUUCAAGUAAUCAUCAAUUGAUUUAAAAGAUAACUAGGUAUCAAAAUAAAAGAAAAUUAUUGAUAAAAAUAAAUAAAGUUACACAGAUAAAAUAAUUGAAAAGGAUUAAAAAAAAUAAAAUAAUUUAAUUUUCAAAUAAUCAUAAUAAAUAUCAUAUGAAGAUUGUAAAACCUAAGAAAAUAAGAAUAUAAAUUAACUUAUAAAAGAAUUAGCAAAUAUGUAAAAUGAUAAUAUUAGUAUAUCUUAAAAUAUAGAUGAUAAUUAAGAUUAAUUAGAACAAUUAAUAUAAUAAAAUAAGUAAAAUUAAAAUUUAAUACAUUUGGAAAAGGAAAAAGAUUAAUAAGGAAUGAGUUAAAUAAAAUUAAUAGAAUAACAAAAUAAUGAAUAAUAGCAAAGUAAAUCCUUAAUUUUUAUUAAUGAUUAGGUUAAUUAGUAAAAUUAAAUAAUUAAAAAUUCAAAAAAGGAAAAAAAAUAAAAAUAAACAAAUUUUAAUAUAAAUGAUAAACAAUUAACUUUAUAAGAUCUGACUCAUCUAAAAAAGAAAAAGAUUAAGAAUCCCAUAUAAUAAAAAUUAUUUGAAAUUGGAUAAAAUUAGAAAUUCUAAAAUGGAAUUAUAAAAUAAUCUGAGUAGAAAUAGAAUAUUAUAUAAAUGAAUCUUACAAAAAAAAAUUAACUCUAAUAUAAUGUUUAAUAAAAAUAGGAUUAAAAUUCUCUUUAUAUAAAUUAAUAAUAAUCAGAAUCAAAUUUAUCAGAAGGGUAUCAAAAAGAUGGAUAAAUAAUAAAUUCUACUUCAUAAUCUCAUGAAUAGUCUAAUAAAUAAAAGUAAUAGGUUGAAAUUAAGACAUCAAAUAAUUAACAUUAAUUUUAGACUUAACCACAUGAAAAUACAGAUUAUAAUUCAGCUAUAGAAUCAAUAAAAUAAUAAUAGAAACAGUCAUAUUCUAAUGGUGUAAAUUGUACUUCCCAUUCAAUGACACAAAAUAAUUUAUCUAAUUCUAUUAAUUAAUCUUCAUAAAAAUUUCAGAAUAAAGAACUUUAAUUUUAAAAUGAUUCUGAAUUAAAUCCCAUUUAUAUACAAUCUAAUAAUAUAAUUUAAGGUUCUGUAUAAUAAAAAUACAUGGAUAAGAUAUAAUAAAUACCAUAUUAAUUCGAAAUGAUUCAAAUGUUUAAUAAUAAUUCAUAGGCAUUAGGAUAAGUAAUUAAACUAAUUACAGCUGUUAGUAAUUAUUAGAUUGCUUUGAUUUAGAAACUUGAUAUGAUUUAUGAAUGUGUUAAUAAAAAAUGA